AUGCUAAGAGUACUUGUUCUCGACUUCUUCAAGUCGAAAAUGACCACAUCUGCGAACGGAACACUAGCUACACAGUCGUCCCUAACAUCAGUCUACCUUUACCUACGAUAUGCUCGUCAAGGGCUCAUCAAGCAUGCCGCCCACAAACCAGACAGACACAAAUCUAUUGAACAGGAAACGGAGGAAAUGUAUGUCGAGUGGUGGUCUUGCGAUAGCAGCAAUGUAUGGAUGUACCGUGAGUGCAUAAGACCCAAACAAUGCCUGAUAUGCUCUUACCUAAUGGAGCCUGAUGAAUCAGCAAUACUUUAUUACCAAUCAACGGCUCCGAAGGCUCAGAGGUGCAGAGCUCAGGAUUCGCAGCUUUUGUUACUUUUAAUACUUGAAAAUAUCGUUUAUAUAGUAAUUCAACUUGGAAUCAAGAGAUGA